AUGACACGGAACCAGAGGACAGACAAUAAUGCUAGGGCAUUCCCCACAAGCGAUGCGCAGCAAGAUCGCCGUAAAGCUGUGAGAAGUGAGCGACGGCUACCUUACCAGGAGUGGGUAAGACUUAAGAAGAUAGCUCAGAGGGGUGAAAGGAGGAAGUCAAAGAUGGUAGACAGAACGGUGGUCAUCGCAACACUGAACGUGGGUACAAUGACCGGAAGGGGACGUGAAGUGGUGGAUGUAAUGGAGAGGAAGAAAAUAGACGUGUUGUGUGUGCAGGAAACAAGGUGGAAAGGGCAAAAAGCCAAAGGACUGGGAAACGGCUAUAAGUUGUACUACGUGGGGGAAAACAACAAAAGAAACGGUGUUGGAGUGGUGCUGAGUCCGGAAAUGAAAGAAGGAGUGGUGCAGGUAAACAGAACAUCCGACAGAAUAAUAUGGGUCAAGAUCGAGGUGGCAGAAACCACUAUGAAUGUGGUUUGCAUCUACGCUCCUGAAGUGGGGUGUACGGAUGAAGAGAAAGAUGACUUCUGGGAACAGCUCAGGGAUGUGAUGCUGAAGAUACCAGAUGCGGAGGUGACGUGGGUAGCAGGUGACUUCAACGGUCAUGUCGGGGAAGGGAGCUUGGACACAGAGGUUAUGGGAAAGUACGGUGUCGGAAUACGGAACGAAGGAGGAGACAAAAUUGUGGACUUUGCAACAGCAAAAAGCAUGGCAGUAGUUAACACCUACUUCCAAAAGAGAUUGACCCGACGAGCAACUUAUACUAGCGGGGGACAAAGUACACAGGUGGAUUACAUCAUGUGCAAAAGAAGGGAACUGAAGACAAUACAGGAUUGCUAUGUCCUGCCAAAAGAAGCGGUGGCUAAACAGCACAAGCUGGUAGUCUGCAAGGUAAAGAUGAAACAACAGAUUAAAAGAAGCGAAUGUGGAACAAGGAAAACGCGCUGGUGGAAGUUAAACGAAGAGGAACAUCGAAAUAAAUUUGUCCAGGAGGUGGAGAGGAAAUUGGAUAUGGAAGAGCGGAAAGAGUGGAGCACAUUGAGUGGGGUAGUACGGGAAACGGCUGUCGAGGUACUAGGGCGUACUUCAGGCAGGAAAGGGAAGAAAGAAGAGACGUGGUGGUGGAACACCGAGGUGCAGGAUGCGAUCAGGGACAAGCGAGAAAAGAAGAAGGAGAGAGAUCUAAAUAGAUGUGAGGAAACUAUUGUAGCCUUUAAAGAGGCAAAUAAGAAAGUGAAAAGAGAAGUGGCAAAAGCCAAAAGCAAAGCGUACGAGGAGCUGUAUAGUAGCCUAGACGGGCAAUAUGGGCAAAGGAAAGCUAUCAGGAUAGCCAAGCAGAAACAUAAGGAGGCGCAAGAUGUAUACCAAGCUAAGAAGAUAGGAGAAGAGGACGUAGAGGAUGAUGAUGAGGAUGUAACACCGGUAAAGGAUACAGGGUGA